UUGAUAUCGCUACCAUUGCCACUAAUUGGGGUGAGCAGCUUAGGAGGGGACAAUAUCCUCAUUGGUUGGUUAGGCUGUGGGCAAUUGGUGGAGGAAGCGAUAACAGUGGCGUCAGCAGCAGAUUUAGUAUAUGGCCAAUCGUUCACGAGAAAUGUUUAGAUUCUGUUAUCGGAUGUUAUCAGAUUUGUGUAUAUAUGUCGUGUAAACUGACAAAGGUGUCAGUCGAGCAUCACAGCGGGUACCGGUUAGUUACUUGUAAAUACUCUAAGAAAAUGCACUCAGGGCAUACCACAUUAUAAUUGCUGGUUUUUAUACAUUCCUAAAAGUGCUCCUGCCUUCAUAUGAUGAAUAAGAAACAACAAAAUGUACAAUUGCUGAAGUACGUGAGCUUAGUAACCCUCACUCUUCAAAAUGCUAUGCUGGGACUUAGUAUGCGCUAUGCCCGUACCAGGUCAGGAGAUAUGUUCUUGUCUUCAACCGCUGUGGUAAUGGCUGAGCUUGCUAAGCUUAUAACGUGUUUGGUGCUUGUUUUCCUAGAAGAACGUACACUGAAAAAAUUUAUAUAUGUUCUGAAAGUAACAAUUUUGGAUGAACCAAUGGAUACUUUAAAAGUUUGUGUACCAUCUCUAGUGUACAUUGUACAAAACAAUCUAUUAUACGUGUCUGCGUCUCAUCUUGAUGCAGCGACGUACCAGGUGACCUAUCAACUAAAAAUCCUAACAACAGCUUUCUUUGCGGUCACUAUACUCCGUAGGAGUUUAAGAACAGUUCAGUGGGGCGCGCUGGUACUCUUACUCGUAGGGGUAGUUUUGGUGCAAUUAGCACAAUCUGGCCCUCAAGCAGUACCAUCUGGCGUAGAACAAAAUCGUUUAAUUGGUUUUUCAGCCGCAUUAAUUGCAUGUUUUUUAUCUGGAUUUGCCGGUAUUUAUUUUGAAAAAAUCCUCAAGGGUUCAGACAUAUCAGUGUGGAUGCGUAAUGUUCAACUAAGUUUUUUGUCUCUUCCCUUUGGUCUGUUCACGUGUUUCUUAAAUGACAGUGCUACAAUACAUCAGCAUGGUUUCUUUUUUGGGUACGAUUGGUUCGUACACUAUUUGAUUUUAUUACAAGCUGGUGGAGGACUGAUUGUUGCAAUGGUCGUAAAACACGCUGAUAACAUUCUGAAAGGCUUUGCCACAUCAUUGGCCAUUGUUAUCUCUUGCGUUGCUUCAAUCUAUUUGUUUGAUUUUAAACUUACUUUUCAAUUCGCAUUAGGAGCCACUCUGGUCAUAUGCUCCAUCUUUAUGUAUAGUCAUGAGCCUAAAAUUAUUCAAUACCCGAAUAAGCACACAAUCGCUAAUAAGGUAUGAGCAGAGUGAAUCUAGGUACCUUUUUCAAAUUUAGGAAUGAACCUCCUGGUUUUGUAAAUAAUAAUAACUCAUGACAGUUAUGUAUGAUUGUCGGUAAGAUAAUAUAUCGGGCACACGAAUAAUUGGGAUUUAGGGAAGAAGUGAUUAUUUAAUUAAUCUAUGCGAACAAAUAAAAUUUACUGAAUUAAUACUAAUCUCCCAAAGUAAUUCGUGCUUGCUUGAAAUUUAACAAGUUAGAGACUCUUAUUUGUACUUUCGUUUCGAUUUAUAUUUGUAUAUUUUGAGUUAUUCAGAAAGUAGAAAAUCAACUUACGUUUUUCGUGACUACAGCGCGAGUCAUGCUAUUUUGUUCCUAUUGCUGAUAAUAAUUCGAUAAAAAUGUUUAUUAUAUCAAUUCACUUAUAUGUUUCUCUCUUUGUUUCAAACCAUCAUUAACACUCUUACUGAUUUCCAUAUAUCUGCAAGAGAAAGAGUUUAACAUUGUCAUUAUAUUCAAAAUGUAAUAUAUCGUAAAAUAUAAUUAAGAUUUAAUGCCGCUAAUUUUAGCGAAGUGCGGAUUGGAACGUUUUGGCAAAAAGAUAGUCAUUAUACAAAUUCAUUGAAAAAUUUUUAUUUCUAGAACUAUUUUUUAUAAUUAUUCACAUACAUAUUUUUAUACGACGUUAACGGUAUUAACAAUACUUGUACAUAAUUCGAAUUUUAACGAAUACACUAUUUGUAUGAACUAUAUUAUAAACUAAAUGAUUUAUUAAUAGGUAAUAAUAAAUAUGAAAUUUAUAUAUGUACUUUAUUGUAACAGGAAAUGCACUUAUGUGCAAAAAGCGAUAAGAAUUAUUAUACUAUACCAAACCGACUUUAAUGUUUAACACUAAACAUACCGACAAUUUUUUAUAAGCGUAUUUUUGGCUUUAAAAGGGUCAAAUGACCCGUCGAUGGUACGCUUAGUGUUAAAUAAGAUUAAGGAAAAUAUUUUAUUCGCUCCAAACAUUCACCACUUUGAAUCUAGUUACAACACGAAAUUCACUAUAAUACCAACAAUGCUUAAUAAUUUCAAGUAGAAUAGAAUUAGGAACGGUCUCGAGCCAUAAUUAUAGUUGUGAAACCAAGUAAAUCUAUAUUCUUAUAAUAAAUUGAUCCUUUAUUAUUCUACAAAGUA